GUAAACAGUAGCUGCUUUCUUGCUCAUAGAACAUAUUCUUUCUCCUGACUUCAGAAAGCCAACUCGAGCGGACAGUUUAACUAUUGCAGUGCUAAAUCCGAACAGGAAUUUUUAUCAAAAUAUUCUUCAGUUAAAGAUGGAACCAGCAGAGGCAGAAUCUGCUACAGACAGCAUAAUCACCCAGUUCAACACAUAUGAGGACUUCUUGGACUCUCAGAUCACUGCUCUAGAUCUUCUCUAUCUGGAGGAUGAAGAGUUAGCCCGCCAGCUGGUGGAGCUAGGCUACAGAGGGAGCGGCGAAGUCCUAAAAAGAGAUGAGUUUGAAGCAAAGAAGGUUGCUGCAGAGGCUUCCAGACUCUCUCAAAGAAUUCAGCAAAAGAUUUUGUCAAGUGCUGGAAAAGAUCCCAAAGAUAAUUUUUUGAAAGCUUUAGCUAUGAGGGAAGAAGCAAAUCGUAAUGGGAAGAUGACUUCUGUCAUCUUUAUUCGGGAUAAGAACGCACAUGGUCAGGAAGUGUCUGGAUAUAUUGAUUUUGCACAUCGGUUGAAGACUGAGGAUUUUGACGUUUAUUUCAGUGCCAAGAAAAAACUUCUCCCAAGGCCAACAGACUUAAGUUUUUAUAACUGGGAAAGCCAUGUCUCAACAUCAAACUCAAGCCCAAAUUACCAAGUGAUUGCAGAAUCUUCAUCUGGAUUACUGUUCAAAAAUAAAAGAGACAGAAAAAUACUAAAUGUGGACCCUAAGGCAUCUCCAGGAGAUAAUUCGACUCGGACCCCUAUACAGACAGAUAUUUACAUUCAAGCUGUCAUUUACGACCACAUAACAAGGCGUAAAGCCUAACUUGUAAUCAAACUACAUAAACAGCUAUGCAAUCCUGAGACAUUAAUAACAGAAUAAAGGACUUCAACAACU